AUGACGCAGCACAGCUACCAGACUCAGAUGCAGAUGGACAGGGCCAGGCGGCUUGGACGACUUCAUCACCCCAUCUCUGCCGCAAAUGGUGAACGUGCCCUCCCAGUUCUCCGUCUUCCGGUCCGGCGGGGCCAAGCUGGUGAUGUGGCUGGCCACGGGUGUGGACCGCGCCGUCAAGGAAGUGCUCCAUGCCGUGAUGGAGCAAUCCGUGACCAUCGCCUGCUACUCCUCGGCUCACUUGGCCCUGAAGGACUUCGUCUUUGA